AUGGUCCACUUGCCUGAGCCAUUGGCGUCUUUCGAGCGCGUGCCUCUUCUCUUUGAUCACCCGUCUCCUCUUCAUCUCUUGCCGCGCCUGUCCAAGCAUGUUGAAAAACGCAGCCCCGCUCCAGUUCAAACCUGGAUUAAGCGGGAAGACUGCUCAUCUGGGAUUGGAUUGGGAGGCAACAAGGUCCGAAAGCUGGAGUACGUGUUUCCUUCUGCUUUGAAUGACGGAUGCGACACCAUCGUCACCACUGGCGGGGUGCAGAGCAAUCACAUGCGACAAGUGGUUGCCGUUGCGAACCGCCUGGGUCUCAAAACAGUGUUGGUGCCCCAGAACCCACCGAAUCCCAACCCUGAGGCAUACGAUGUGAGCGGCAACGUGCAGGUGAACAAAAUCCUUGGAGCAGAGUACACUGCGCCAGGCAUCACUCUCGAGGAGGCCGCCGCUAGCCUUCGUUCCAAUGGUCAAAAACCGUACAUCAUCUCUUCUGGUGCCUCAUCUCAUCUAUACGGUGGCUUGGGCUUUGCACGUUGGGCUUUCGAAGUGGUGGAGCAAGAGCAGAACCUUGGCGUCUUCUUUGACUUUGUGGUCGUUCCUGUCGCUUCGGGUGGGACGCUCGGUGGUAUGCUCGCCGGUUUCAAGCUCGCGGAUCGCCUGCAGUCUUCCUCCUCCAACGAACCUGCCAAGAAGACUCGCGAGCGCAAGGUCAUUGGUAUCGACACGUACAACAAGCCGGCCGGCGUACUUGAAGCUUCAAUCCUCGAAAUUGCUCAGAGAAGUGCUCGGCUCAUUGGACUUGCGGAUGGAGUUGUGAAGCCUGAAGAUGUUGUGCUGGACACUAGAUACAACGCCGGUACUCAUUCGGGCUGGAGUGAGUCGACAGCUGAAGCUGUUAGACUGUUGGGUCGGACGGAGGGAAUUGUCGCGGAUCCAAUCUACUCUGGGCGCGCUUUGGGUGCGAUUCUUGACAAGGCCAAAUUGGGGGAGUUUGCUGGAGGAGAAAAUGUGCUGUUUGUACAUACGGGUGGGCAAGCUGCUUUGGGAGCCUUUCCUAACAUGAUUUAG